UCUCCGGGGUGGGCCAGUUUCUUCUGUGAUGGGGUGGGGUCGUCAUUCUGUCUGAUUUACUACCCUAUAUACUCGUCCGCCUCUUCCUGCUAUGUAGAUGGUAUAUAGUCAUCCCGCUCUCUAUACCAAAUAUCUAAACCGGUGUUUGUUUAUACAAGUUCCCACAAGUUAAAAUACAGAAACUCCAUUGAUGUUUUCAAGCUAUGCUCUCUCUCUCUUUAGCGGAGAUUAAAAUACAACCUGGCACACUAACCUAAUUUAACUUGUAACAACAGUAAACAUACUUGGAAUAACUAUUUAAGUUGUAUUCAAAUUAUUUCAAAAUAUAUGCAUAACUUUAUUAAAAUAUAAAUAAUGUAAAAAGUAAAACAUAAUUUUAAUCAUUAACACAUGUAAUAUAUUUCAGAGUUAGAUAAUCUAAUACAGGUAUAACAGAACCGAAUUAAAAAAUUUACAGGCGAGAUGAAUUCUGUGACCUUCAACCUCAGUACCGGCAUUACGCAACCAAGCACCCAACCGAAUCCUAAACACCAGACGCCGGAAGUUCAGGCUGUCCUAAUUGGGGUUGAUAUCCUUUUCAACUGAGAAGAUUCAACACGUGCUUCCUGAGGACGAUUAUUUAAAUGUGGAUAUAAUAUAUAACCUGAUAAUUUAAUAUAAAUUGUUUUUUUAUAAGCUAUAGAGCCAGCAGCUUAAAAUGAAAGUGAAUAAAUAAACAGACAAAUAAUGAAAUUAUAACUGAUUACAAGAUACACUCAAUUCAACAGAUAAAAAAUAAAAAACACGAAAUAUGUAAAAUACGUGUGGGAAAAUGUUUUCUAUAAAACAUUCUGUGGAUAUUCACUAUCUAUUUAUUCCUAACUAUCCGCAUUUUACUGUAAAUAAAAAUAUCUACAUAUUUAUAGAUUAUGUAAAUAAGAACUAGGUAUUUCUUAAAUCGAAAAAAUUACGUAGACAUUAUAACAAUUAAGAAUAAAUUUCACAUAAAAUAAAUUUAAAAUCGUUACAAUUAUUUAAAAUGACGAUUUUUUCCCCCAAAGUUUCGUAAUUUUUCAUACGUCAAAAAUCUUGUUGAAAAUUUAAUGCUCAUAACUCAUCUAAAUUAAGCGUUAACAGCUAUUCAUGCCAAUAUUAAACAUUUCUUAUAGCUGUUGUAAAUUUCACAAAAAUUAAAUUAACUUAAAAAUAUACAAAGAUCAAUAGGAAAGUAUAAAUAAUUGCUAUGUAAUCACAAACAUCAAAUAAAUAAAACAGAUACGAAAAAAAAUCUUUCCUAAUAAUAUAAUAAGUUAUUUACAAUGAAUGUUUAUUUAUAAUUAGGAUUUUUAACAUUAAUUAUUUAUUAUAGAUUCAGUCAUUUUUUUACAAUUAUGAUAUAAUAUUAAAGUAAUUAUAAACAAUUAUGUACAUUAAACCAAAAGAAGAAAAACA